GCUGCCACAAACUCGCCACAGGCCUGCUAAGUUGUGCUAGAACACCAUCCAACGGCUUAUAUAUCAAAGCUAUAUCAACAUCAGGAAAAGUAGAAUCGUCUCACACAUCGCACGUGAAGUGAGCAAUGUCGGACGCGAUCAUAUCUCCCGUGGUGAAGAAGUCGGUGGAAGUGGAAUAUUCGCAGCCGAAGACUGCACGAGUAGCGCUCCCGGAUCCGGAGUCCGAGUCCGAGUCGGACAGUGAAGAGGAGCAGGAGGGAGCGUUGGAAGAUCUCCUAGAGAGUUAUCCGGAUGACACGGAGGAGCUAGAGCUCGUGCAUGCGCGACUCGCGACCUUGGACAAGCUCCGUUUACAACGCUUCGCAUCGAGCCUGAAGCGGCUGUGUCUGCGGCAAAACUUCAUCAACAAGCUCGACCCGGACGUGUUUAGCGUCCUCACGAAACUGGAAGAGCUGGACCUGUACGACAACCAGAUCAAGACGCUCGGAAACGCGCUGGACAAUCUCUCCGACCUGUCCGUCCUCGAUCUGUCUUUCAACAACCUUCGUGCUAUACCUGAAGGGCUGAAGAACCUGCGGACGCUGCAUACCGUGUACUUCGUCCAAAACAGGAUCACGAAAAUCGAGGGUUUGGAGGCCCUCGGUGCAAACCUUCGCAGCCUGGAGCUCGGAGGCAACAGGAUACGGAAAAUCGAAGGGCUCGAUGCCCUCAGCAACCUGGAGGAACUGUGGCUCGGCAAGAACAAGAUCACGAAGCUGGAGGGAUUGGCCUCCUUGAAGAAGCUGAAGAUCCUUAGUAUCCAGUCGAACCGUAUCACCAAGAUCGAGAACCUAGAGAACUUACCAGACCUAGAACAGCUAUAUCUCAGCCAUAACGGUAUCCAAUCACUAGAAGGGCUAGAGGCGAACUCCAAAUUGCAGACACUCGACGUAUCCAACAAUUUCGUCGCAGAGCUGAAGGGGCUCUCCCACCUGCACCAGCUGGAAGAACUCUGGAUGAACAACAACAAGAUACCUGACCUCCGCGCGCUGGAGUCGGAGCUACGCCACAUAUCCACCCUCGAGACGAUCUACCUCGAGGGCAACCCUUGCCAGCGGGCGGAGGGGGCAAACUACCGACGGAAGAUUAUGCUCGCGCUCCCGCAGGUCACCCAGAUUGACGCUACCAUGGCGAAGCCCUUGUAAUAUUCAGGGUCAUGAUGAAGGUGGAAAUCGGAAUGUACCAUAGAUUGUUUGUGCCGUACCGACAAUAUUGUACACGGUCGUUUAUUCAUAUAUUUGCAGCAAUUUCGACAGAUUACC